CACAUUAGUAAUCCCGUCCUAUCAAUGUGCGGGGCCGCGAACAACGUCAGCGGGACCGAUUCCCUGCGUCUGCCAGUCCCGCCACGGAUUCAUUUGGGAUCCUCAAACAGACAAGCCCCGUGGAGACGAGGGAUCAAGAGAGCGGAUUAGACCAAUUGCCUACUUCGGGGACUGCCAGACCUUCCAGGCCUGGCGAAGGGGGAGGGAGGGGAUCGACGAACGGAGCGCCACUGCAGGAAGACACUGAAGCUAGAGCGACACUCUCCCCCGCUCCCCCCGCCCCCCACCUGGCAGCUCAGGCUUUGAAAGCUGCUCCCCCAUCUGAAUGGAAACUCGGAACCGCCGGGCGGCGCGUUCCUUCUCGCCCAGCCUUGCGAUCCAUGCCGAGGGGAAGGCAGUGGGAGCCCGCGCCAGCGCCCAACUCCCGGGACAGGGCCGGCAGUGCUGCUGAGCAGAACUUCACCGAGCCCUUUCCUCGCUGCUAGUAGAAGCGAUGCUGCACGGCACAGCCAGCGCUUCCCCGGCUCUCCUUCAAGCUGAAGGUUACCCACCCGCGCAACCAGCCCCAACCCUGUGAGCGCUGUGCCUACGGUCCAGCUCCGGCUGCUUGGCGGCGGCGCGCAGGGCAACAACCGGGCCGCCCGCGCCGGGGCGCACUGCACCAGCGGCUUCGGCUUGGUGGAUGUGUAUGCAUGAGUUCUGCACCGAAUGGGCGCAAAAAGCGCCCCAGCCGGUCCACCCGCUCCUCGAUCUUCCAGAUCAGCAAGCCCCCGCUACAGAGCGGGGAUUGGGAGCGCAGGGGCAGCGGCUCUGAGAGCGCCCACAAAACCCAACGAGCCCUGGACGAUUGCAAGAUGCUUGUCCAAGAGUUUAACACGCAAGUGGCCCUGUACCGAGAACUGGUCAUUUCUAUUGGGGACGUCUCAGUCAGCUGCCCCUCACUUCGGGCGGAAAUGCACAAGACGAGAACCAAAGGCUGUGAAAUGGCCCGCCAGGCACACCAGAAACUUGCUGCCAUCUCAGGCCCGGAAGAUGGUGAGAUCCACCCAGAAAUCUGUCGGCUCUACAUUCAGCUGCAAUGCUGCUUAGAAAUGUACACAACAGAGAUGCUAAAAUCCAUAUGUCUGCUGGGGUCUCUUCAAUUUCAUCGAAAAGGAAAAGAGCCUGGUGGGGGAACCAAGAAUUUGGAUUGCAAAAUUGAGGAAAGCACUGAAACACCUGCUCUAGAGGACUCCUCAUCAUCCCCCAUAGAUACUCAGCAACAUUCCUGGCAGGUUUCCACAGACAUUGAGAACACUGAAAGAGAUAUGAGAGAAAUGAAAAACCUUUUAAGCAAACUCAGGGAAACUAUGCCUUUACCAUUGAAAAAUCAAGGAAACUGAGACAAGGUCACACAAAUUGUAAAUAGAAAGAAGGUAAGUACAAAGGCUGGGAUGUGACCCCAGGCCAUCUGUCUCCAGAACUAUCCUAUGGAAGUUUAUACCCUAACAGAAAGGGAAAGGGGAUAUUCACUAGAAUGUAAAUUCUGUGAGGGAAGGGCCUCUGUAUGCUUUUGUUAACUAUUGUGUCUUUAGUACCUAGAAAAAUGCUUGGCUCAUAGUAGAAUAACACUAGCAAAAACAAUAAAUGUUUGUUAAAACUGCACCCAACUUUGCAGCCCCAGGGUCUGCAGGUAGGUAUAAAGGACUGAUAAUAAUCACUUUUAUUGAGCACACAUAGCCAGAGCAGCCUUAAGUGAAGCAUCUGCUUCAGAGAAUGGUGCUUAGAGGGUGGGGAAAGGGGUUUUAGAGGUAAGAAAGAAACCCCUCCUGGUUCCACUGAGCAAAGCCUGGGGGAGAGGGAGGCGGUGGCCAGGUUCUGCUUGGUCCUGAGCAAGGAGUGAGGAGGGAGAGGAUUUGGCAGCAGAGCUGAGUGCCUCUUGGCUUGGGGAGCGGCAUGGCAGAAGGUAGAGAGGUGGAGGUGCGAACACCACACAGAAGAGGCCGAGUGCAGUGUGACUGGAGCAGCAAGUGAUGGAGGCGGGUGUCAGAAACCAAGAAGCAGGUGCUAGGGUGCAUCAGAUAAUUGCAAGCACUCCCUGAAAGGCCUACGGACCAAACUUACUGGCUUGAGCCGUGGGUAGUGUUUGAGAGGCCUUGCAGGGUUUUAAGAAAGUAGUGUUUUACUACAAUAUGUUGCAGUGCUAAGAGCCUUCUGACCACAGCAUGCAUGUUUGCUCCUUGAAAUAAGCUUGGUUAAAACUAGCCUGGGGCAUAUGGCACCAUUUUAAUGAACAUAUCAGCCAGAUUCCUCUCUUUGGCUGCAUAUACCAAGAUAGAGCAUAGGGGCUCCCCCAUGACCUUCCUGGAAUUCUUUUCAGAAAAUUAAUUUAUUAUACAGGUCUAAUUGAUGCAAAAAAUAGUGUGGGGUGAAAUGUGAGAAAACGUAUUCCAGUUCUUUGCUGUAAGACCUUAAUGAUUUUUCAUUAUAGAAAGAAUUAUAGAAAGCCAUCUGUUUUCCUUCUGGCUGUUUCUUUCUUUUUUUAUUCCAUUUACAUGUAUGUCUGAAGCAGAAGGGAAUAGGGAAAAGGUACUGCUCCUUAUCCCCCUUUUUCCUACUCAAACCUUGACAAAGUGGAAAUCCUGCCAGACAUGUGCAGUGGGGGGAACUCACACUGGAACUGCUCAGAUUUCCCUGUUCUCCAGGACCCAUCCUCUCCCUCAACUUAGAAACUCUUCCAUGUUAAUUUUAGCAUUUAAAGAUUUCAUCCUAUCUUCCCCACUUCACACCACCAUCAAAACUUGACUCAGCAACAAUAUGCUUUAAAUUGAUUUUCAGUGACACAUAAAGGAAGGUGGCCAAGAGCAGGUACUGUAAUGGUUAGUGGUUUUGCCUUUUUUUGAGACAAGGACCUUUUCCUUCCCAUGCUUCCAGUUUAAGACUGGAGACAAAGAGGGGCACAGAAGAAAAGUGAGCCUGCCUUGUUCUGUCGCAGCUCCACGGCAGCCUCCAAGCAACAUCCAGGUCUCCUGGCUCUCAGCCUGCCAUCCUUUCCUCUGCUUCAGUGCCUCUCCUGUCCUACAUUCUGGGUCACUGGUGGUGCUGUGGGGAGCUUCAUUAAUUACGAUAGUCUUGCUGUGUCAAAUGGAUUACAAAUGGAAACACCUGUGGAGAGCCCGCAAGGUUCCUGACAAAGGCUAAAAGGAGAUUGGAAAGUAAAGGACAAGCAUCUUCUAAAUGUAGGCUGUAAUCAAACAAAACAUUGCAAAAAUAAAUUAAGCCUGAAAGACAGUUUCACCUUUUCCAGAAUUCUGACUUAAUGAAUGCGUUGCAGAGUGUCAAUACAUUUACUCUUGCCUAGAAUUUGUUGGUGAUACCAUGCGUUAGAAAUGGAUCAGUCAGGAAUUACGGCUGUUCUGGAAUAGGUCCCCUCCUGUGGACAGCCCUACUCCAGACUAACUUGGGUCUAGGACCAGUUCCCCUAUUCUCACACCCCUGAUCUUCUCCAGUCUGGAUUCCAAAACUGGAACCAGCCUGGCCAUGACAGGAUAGUUUUGUGACAUCUGGCUGAAGGACACUGGGCAGUUAUCCCACAUGAAAACCUGGAUAUAAACUUUUAUUUAGGUCCUUCCCCAGGGACUCGUAUAAAGACUUUCUGUGCUUCAAGCUUGUCUGAAUGUCACUCUGGGCUGUUUUACUGGCUUCCCCAUAUCCUUUGCAAUCUCUAUAACAUUUUGCCAGGGAUUCAAUGUGAUACUGGCAAUCCUUCUCUCUUUCUCCAGUCUAAUCCACUCAUCACCAGUCACACAUCAGUCUCUUAAUCCAUUGAGCCUCUACUGAGAAAUGUUAAGGGUCUAUGCAUUGUCUACUGAAGGAAGAGCAGACUUCUCACCUCAGCAUCCAUUGUCCUAUCAUCAUCAAACAUGUGAUGGUCACCUAUGAUGUGCCACAUUCCAUGUCAGGUGCUGGGGAUGUCUCUCCCCCACAGGCUCCCCAUCUCAACAGGACAGAAUGGGAUGAGGAUCAUCUGGGAAGCUUUUUCAAAAGACACAUGCCUCCCCUCUCAGAGAUUGUGAUGGAGCCUUCAGGGUAUGGCAUGUGAAUUUUGGAAACAGCCAGCACACACACAAUGGGAAAGGGGGGAAAAAAGCACUUGAAAUAUAGCAGUGCCAUAACAGCUAGACGCAAGUUGCCACAAGGGCAUACUGAAUUCUCACCUCACCAGAUUUUAGUUGUAAGUGGGGAGAGGGGGGACAAGAGUAAUUAAGAGUUGCUUUUCGGAAAGUGCCUGAGCUGGGAUUUUUUUAGGAGGAAUCAAAAUUAGCCAAAGAAAAAGAUGGAAAGAAGAUAGUCUGGGCAGAAAAUUCUGAAUGUGUGAAGGCGUAUGGGGAGAUGACAGAGUGGGGAACUGAGAUGAGCUACAAGCACUUCUUUAGUUGGGAAAGUGGUGAGAAAUCAGGCUUAAGAGAGAGACUAGAGAGACAGGGUGGUAUAUCAUUAAGGCCCCUGUAAUUCAUGUUAACGGGUUUGGGCUUUACCCUGAGGCCAUUGGAAGGAUGCAGUUAGGCAAGUACAAUAAACCAGGUGAGAAAUGCUUAUGAUCUGACCUACAGCCAGGGGCUUAGGGAAGAGGAUAUGACCAGUUAGCUGAACCAUGGAAAGACAGAGGCAGAAUCAAGGAUGAAACCCAAACUUAGAAAGCAGAAUGAAUGAUGGUGUCAAUCACUAAGUUAGAACAGAGCAGUAAGAGGAGAGGUAGAGGGCAGGACAGGUGAAGUUCUGGAUGUGGGAGGACUCUAAGAGCAGUGCUUACUUAAUGGUUCUAGAGGAUGGACAAGUCUUAUGCUGAGGCGAGACAUGACAGCUAGAAGGACAGGAGAUACAGAUGUAAACAUCAUCAGCAUAGUGAUCACUGUAGCCCUAAAAAUGGUUGCGACCACCCAAGGCGAAUACCUGGAGAAGAGCCUUGAAAUACCAACAUAAGGUGUGAAGUGAAAGAAAAGCAACUUACAAAGGGGACGAAGAAGAAAAUCAGCUCAAUGAAAUAAUAAAGUUGCAAGGAAGCAAUGGCUAAUAAUGCAGGAUAAACUAGAUAAGAACUGAAAAGUGUCUGGGGUUCCCUGGUGGCUCAGCAGGUUAAGGAUCCAGCGCUGUCAGUGAUGUAUCUCUGAUCACAUCUGUGGCGUGGGUUGCACCCUUGGUCCAGGAACUUCCACAUGCCAUGUGUGCAGCCAAAAAAAAAAA